GCACAGUGCAGAGGACGCCUCGCUCCAGAGUUUUAUCAUCACGAUGGCGCUGGGCCUGGUCGGGACGUUUCUCCUGGUCUCCUGUAUCACUGCCCUGCUUUACCUGAUCGCAUGGAGGGGCAAAAAGAAGCUGGGAAACCUGCCCCCAGGACCCACCCCACUGCCCCUUCUGGGGAAUAUUCUGCAGAUCAGCACCAAGGAAUUACCCCAGUCUCUGGUUAAGCUGAGCGAGCAGUACGGACCGGUGUACACUCUUUACCUCGCCCGCCAUAGGGCCGUCAUGCUCACUGGAUACGACACGGUGAAGGAAGCCCUUAUAGAUCGAAGCGAUGCGUUCAGCGACAGGGGAAAUAUGGACCUGAUUGAUUUUCUGUUCAAAGAUUAUGGGAUUAUUUUAAGCAACGGGGAGCGGUGGAAGGUCAUGCGCCGAUUCUCUCUCAUGACCUUGAGGAAUUUUGGAAUGGGGAAGAGGAGCAUCGAGGAGAGAAUACAAGAGGAGGCGCAGUGCCUCGCGGAAGCGUUCAAACAGCACAAAGAUACCCCUUUUGACCCAAUAAUACUUCUAGGCCAGGCCGUGUCCAACGUCAUCUGCUCCAUUGUAUUUGGGGAAAGGUUUGAUUAUGAAGAUAAGACUUUUGUGAGUCUCCUGUUAUAUAUCAGAGAGAUCAUCACAUCGAUAAACUCAGCUUCUGGCCAGCUCCUCAAUAUGUUCCCAAGUGUGUUUAGACAUAUUCCUGGUCCCCACCGGAAAAUAUUCACAAGUUUUGACAAAAUAAGAGAGUAUGUGAUAGACUCCGUGAAAUCGCACCAAGAGACAAUGGACGCCAACUAUCCACGGGACUUAAUAGACUGUUUCCUCACACAAAUGGCCGAGGAAAAAAAUAAUCCCAACACAGAAUUUCAUCAUGAGAAUUUGGUAGGAACCGUAAUAGAUCUGUUUUUUGCCGGGACGGAAACCACAAGUUUGACCCUGAGAUACGGCUUCCUGAUUCUUCUCAAAUACCCAGAGAUACAAGAGAAGAUCCACAAGGAGAUCGACCAAGUCAUUGGCCAAAAUCGCUGUCCGUCAGUGGAGGAUCGGAGUAAAAUGCCCUAUACAGAGGCUGUGAUCCACGAGAUUCAGAGAUUUGCUGACAUCGUUCCUGCUGGACUGGCUCAUGCAGCCAGCAAAGACACGACCUUCAGAGGAUAUCACAUCCCCAAGGGCACUUUAAUAUUCCCGGUUCUGACUACGGUCUUGAAAGACAGAAAUUAUUUUAAAAACCCUGAAAAGUUUGAUCCCGGUCACUUUCUGGAUGAGAACGGACGGUUUAAAAAGAACAACGCUUUCAUGCCAUUUUCAGCAGGUAAACGUAUGUGUGCGGGGGAAGGGCUGGCUCGUAUGGAGCUCUUCCUCUUCUUCACCACCAUCUUACAAAAACUCACCCUCAAACCAACGGUGAAGACAGAAGAGAUUGACAUCUACCCAGAGCCGAACACCAAUGCUUCGAGGCCGCGUCUCUACAAAAUGUUCACCGUCCCGCGAAGGGAGGUGCAGGGAGCAGCACAGUGCAGAGGACGCCUCGCUCCAAUGGCGCUGGGACUGGUCGGGACGUUUCUCCUGGUCUCCUGUAUCACUGCCCUGCUCUACCUGAUUGCAUGGAGGGGCAAAAGAAAGUCAGAAAACCUGCCCCCAGGACCCACCCCACUGCCUUUGCUGGGGAAUAUUCUGCAGAUCAGCACCAAGGAAUUACCCCAGUCCCUGGUUAAGCUGAGCGAGCAGUACGGACCGGUGUACACUCUUUACCUCGCCCGCCAAAAGGCCAUCAUGCUCACUGGAUACGACACGGUGAAGGAAGCCCUUAUAGAUCGAAGCGAUGCGUUCAGCGACAGGGGAAAAAUGGACCUGUUUGAUUUACUGUUCAAAGAUUAUGGGAUUAUUUCAAGCAACGGGGAGAGGUGGAAGGUCAUGCGCCGAUUCUCUCUCAUGACCUUGAGGAAUUUCGGAAUGGGGAAGCGAAGCCUCGAGGAGAGAAUACAAGAGGAGGCGCAGUGCCUCGCGGAAGCGUUCAAACAGAACAAAGAUACCCCUUUUGACCCGAUAAUACUUCUAGGACAGGCCGUCUCCAACGUCAUCUGCUCCGUUGUCUUUGGUGAAAGGUUUGAUUAUGAAGAUAAGACUUUUGCGAGUCUCCUGUCGUCCUUCAGAGACAUCGUCACAUCAAUAAACUCAACUUCUGGCCAGCUCCUCAAUUUUUUCCCAAGCUUGUUUAGACAUAUUCCUGGUCCCCACCAGAAAAUAUUCACAAGUUUUGACAAAAUAAGAGAGUAUGUGAUAGACUCCGUGAAAUCGCACCAAGAGACAAUGGACGCCAACUAUCCACGGGACUUAAUAGACUGUUUCCUCACACAAAUGGCCGAGGAAAAAAAUAAUCCCAACACAGAAUUUCAUCAUGAGAAUUUGGUAGGAACCGUAAUAGAUCUUUUUUUUGCCGGGACGGAAACCACAAGUUUGACCCUGAGAUACGGCUUCCUGAUUCUUCUCAAAUCUCCAGAGAUACAAGAGAAGGUCCACAAGGAGAUUGACCAAGUCAUUGGCCAAGAUCGCUGUCCGUCAGUUGAAGAUCGGAUUAAGAUGCCCUAUACAGAUGCUGUGAUCCACGAAAUUCAGAGAUUUGCUGACAUUGUCCCUGCUGGACUGGGUCAUGCAGCCAGCAAAGACACGACCUUCAGAGGUUAUCACAUCCCCAAGGGCACGUUAAUAUUCCCGGUUCUGACUACGGUCUUGAAAGACAGAAAUUAUUUUAAAAACCCUGAAAAGUUUGAUCCCGGUCACUUUCUGGAUGAGAACGGACGGUUUAAAAAGAACAACGCUUUCAUGCCGUUUUCAGCAGGUAAACGUAUGUGUGCAGGGGAAGGGCUGGCUCGUAUGGAGCUCUUCCUCUUCUUCACCACCAUCUUACAAAAACUCACCCUCAAACCAACGGUGACGACGGAAGAGAUUGACAUCUACCCAGAGCCGAACACCAAUGCUUCGAGGCCGCGUCUCUACAAAAUGUUCACCGUCCCGCGAUGAACAGUUUUGCCUACAGGGGACAGAGGCUCCCGAAAAGUGUACUGACAACAAAACAUGAAACCAGCAAACUAAUUGAAGACAUAAAAUGAAGCGAGCUAAUAGCGGCUCUUGUAGUAACACCGCUAGCAGAAGCUCCAUUACAGAACCCACACGACUUAAUGAUGGACUCUUAAGAUGUUUGCAAAUUGCUUGUACGUAAGCUCUAAUGGUUGCCCAAGCAACAAAAUAUAUAAACUAUGAUUGCUCUUAUAA